GUUUUUAUCAGCAGCUGCAACAUUCGCUUGAUAUGGACAGCAUAUAAACCUCUCUCUGCCUAUGUAUUAUGUCUUUCAAAAUUUCGACAUUCAUAUGGUUUGAUUUGAGUAGCUGCAUUUAUCUGACAUCCCGUUUGAACACGUAUGCUAUCUGUUAAUAGCAUAUACGAAGCUGAUAGUCACGGAGGUUUCAACCAUUUUCCAGCUUGUAUCGGGUCAACGUUCUGUUAUGAAAGCACCAAUUCUGUUGAAACCUGAGGCUGAACCUGUUUUUCGUCCAAAGAGAUCAGUGCCGUAUGCUGCAAUGUUCAAAGUUUAUAAAGAACUUGGUCGCUUUCCAAUCCGAGUAGUUAUCAUGCCUGUUUCUUAUUCUGCUUGGGCAGCACCUAUUGUAGUUAUCAAAAAGGCUAAUGGCGCUUCACGAAUAUGCGCAGACUACUUCACGGGCCUUAACGCAGCUCUAGAACAGUAUAAUUCACCACUGCCAAACCCUGAAGAUUUUUCAACUAUGCUACGUUUCAGAGCUGGACCUUGUUGAUGCCUAUUUACAGAUGAAAGUGGCUGAAGAAUCAAGAGGGCUACGUACCAUUAUUACUAAUCGUAAUUUGUUUCAAUAUGAUCGUCUAUGAUUUGGAUUAAAC